AUGCCACGAAAACAACAACGAGCCAAAAAGAUUCCAUUCGCCAAAGGCUUCACGCGACCAAACAAACAAGAAAUCAAACAAGCCAUCGGAUCUAAGGAUAUUAGUUAUGAUUUUGAAAUGAAACGACCCUCCGAUGGAAAAAGCUUAUUUUAUAAACUGGUUCCAGAUCCAACUUCAAUUGAUGAUUGGUUGGCUCAGUAUGUUGAGGAUAGAGACAGCUAUGACGAAUGGAUGGAGUUAAGAAAGAGAGUUUGUAAGAAAAAUAGCAUCCAAUUAGAGAAAGAUAUUUGUUUAGUAUGGCUCGAAAGAGAAAACACCAAUCAUCCAAGAAAGCAGUUCAUGGUUCAUUUGAAAAGAUUCAUUGAAGCUUUUUAUUUUGGUAUCCAUGUUAGAAUUUUAGAUCCGUUUGUGAUUAAGAAGUCAAAAAAUCAAUACUAUAUUGAGUUUAAUGAUGCAAAAUACAACAUUUCAUCUCGAAGGUGUCACGAGUAUGAUGAGGAACAAGCAGGAGAGAAUGAAAUACAAUUCAGAGCCGCGGACGUUCUUGUCCCUAUUCACAGGCUGAAAAAAACAAUCGAAAAAGAAAUAUCGUGCAUAUGUGGAGUUACUAUGGAGGACCUUUUUAUUGGAAAAAAGGACAGUUUUACGUGUGGUUUAGCUCAAGGAGGUGAUCAUAUUGGAGUGUUUUCAAUGUGUAGAUACAAUCCAGCAUUUAGAAGUGAAGAAAACUCUACAGAAGAAAAAAACAUUUCAGUGGAAUGGGAAAGUGAUGGUAUUGUUGACGUGGAAAAACUGUCCUCAAAUGAUUUGAUCAUCAUUGAGAGGUGUUGUAAAAUUGUUGUACAUGAAUUAGCUCAUAUGCAGCAGAUAGGACAUUGUGUGUAUUUUGAUUGUAUCAUGAAUGGUAGCGGAUGGUUAGAGGAAGAUUACCGUCAGUCCAUUCAUCUUUGCCCAGUAGAUUUACGAAAGUUUCAAACCCUCAUGAAUUUUGACAUUCUUGAAAGGUAUAAGGCCUUACUAAGAUUUUACAAGGAAUAUCACAUGAAUGAGGCUGCGCUGUGGGUGCAAGACAUGAUACAAUAUUUGACCACGAGUCAACAAGAAAACAAUGGCGAUGGUAGUAAUAAGGAACGGCCCGUCUCCCCUGUCAAUAGUUAUAAUUCCUCUUCCAAGAAAUCUAAAAUCAAGUAA